UGCGUACAGAACGCCAUGAUGCGCCGGGAUAAACAGCCCUUUACCUACACACCGGGUGGAAUUGACCUGUCGCAGAUCAAAUCACCUCGAAUGGCGAAGCGGAUAUCGCGAAAUGCCAACUCCGAGGGUGUUACCGGUCAGCCUAAGGUGUCUCCAUUGGCGCAGAACAACGGUUCCCAGUCAAAUGGCAACGGAAGUCACAGUUCAGUGUCGCCAGCAGCUACACUCGGUGCUGCCGCAAUGGGUAUGCCCUUUCAGGUGUUUCCUACAGGACCUCCGGCACCCCCACCACCACCACCGCCUCCAACGGCUGGGAAAACUGGCUCAACGAAUGGAGGUCCUCGCACAAUGAUGCCUCCACCACCUCCUCCACCUGGACCGGGCAUUUCCGGUGGUUCCGAAGCCCGGAAGUCACCUCGACCACAGAGCUUUGAGCCUCCACCGAUGGGAAUGCGUCCCGAGAUUAAGAUCCCGCCGAAUCCGAUGUCCGCUUUGCGCAAAGCACCCCGUCCGCAACCCAAGAACGACUUCUGGAUCGAGGAGUACCGGCGGGAAAAGCAACAGGAUGCACCGAUCAUCCCACGGUCCAUCCCACCCAGCCACGGUUACUCAAACCGUGAGCUGGACGACGAAGUUGCUAAGAACACAUUCAAUCGCACAGACGAGCUCACUGUCCGCGGUGACGCGUUAGCACCGCCGAAACGAUCACCCAGCCCAUCCAAUCUAACUGCGCCGCUAGAGGGCGCUGGUUCUCGCGGUGCGUCAUCGAUCAAGACGCCGCCGGUGUACGGGCAGAGCCCGGUACCGGCGAACCUUCCGCCCCCGAUCACCCCGACCAAGGUGUCACCCGCACCACCCCCACCACCACCAACACCACCCCAAGUGCGCCCCAAACCAUCACUUUCGCCUGUGUCCACGAGUCAGCCCACUAACACCACCACACCGCAGUCGCAGUCCGGAAGCGCCGGGCGGGAUCCGUCCGCAGGCGCCGCCAGGACAACGGUCUCGUCCGGAUCCGGUCCGGUCGCUUCUGCACCUUCAUCGACACGCACAGAUUCGCCACACAGCGCCACCUCGUCCCGUGUGUCCCCAUCCGUUUCAUGCGCCUCAUCAUCCAGCCCACCCACGGUUGUUUCGCAAAAUGGCGGAAAACCGGCCGCCACACAGCGACCCGCCGCCCAGGCCCUCGGGUCGCUCUACAUACCGCCGAUACACGAGGUGUUCGCCAAUAGUAAGCAAAGUCUCUUAACCCAAGCGAGCCCACCAUGGAUGUCGUCGCGGCACAAUAGCCUGAAGGAGCAGCCCGAAUGGGUGCACAAGGACGAACAGGACGCGCCGACCGACGGCACUAGCGCCGACCGACGGUCGGUUUUGGCCGACUCGCCUGAGCGGGCGAACCCACCACAACAGACAUCCGUGUUGCAGCAAGCGAGUGUACCGAACGCCACUAAAACCGUUGAUUCUAUCGUCACAGCACCGACGUCGGUGUCGGUUAGACCGUCUCCAUCCGUGCAACCAUCGCAACAGCUCACACCUACCAGCAGUGGUCGACCGGUGGCGGCUGAUGUGUCCGCUCCGGUACGGCAGCCUACUUCGGCGUCGGCUUCUCAACAACAACAGCAGCAUCAACAACAGCAGCAGCAGCAGCAGCAGUUCCAACCAGCGAGGGCACGUCCUUCGGUGGAUCCAGUGUCGGUGUCCACGGUUACGAUGCCUGUGAGCAGUGCCUAUCCUCAGCAAGGCCCAUUGUAUGCACAGGCACAACCCAACAAUUACGCUUCUCAACCGUCGGCGCAGAAGGAACGCAUCAUACCGAUACAGAUCGAAAAGUCACCAGUUCAAUCGCCGGCAACGGGGCCAAAUUUUGCACCCCCACCCUAUUACAGCCCCAGCGCACAGUACGGUCCGGCCAGCGCCACCAGCACCAUGCAGUCACCCAUCCCGGUCGCAUUCGCAACACCGCACAGUGGAUUCACGACACCGACGGCCAUGUUCACCAAUCCGAACCAUUUCGUCAACCAAGGCUACAACAACAUCAGCUAUCCACCGACGCCGACUGGGCAGCCACAACCACAUCCGAUGUAUCAACACCACCAACACUAUCCGCCGGCACAAACGCCACCUCUGCAUCACAUGCCGAUGCAUCCACCCCAACCGGUUCAGCAACAUCAACAACGCGUGCCACAACAGCAGCAACAGCAGCAACAGCAGCAGCAGCAGAAUGUGACCAAUGUGCGCGUUGUUCCCAUCAAGGUGGAGGGCGCUGAACACACGGUCCGUGGGCCGCUGUCUAACACACCGGCCAUCAUUCAGAGUGGCGAUCGUAGCUACGUCAUACACGACAUCCCGCUAGAAGCCAAGCUUCGCUUUCUUAAAAAUAGACUCAGUGAUCCUCGCAGCAGCAACAACGCUCAAGCGUGGAACGGCAACAGUGCUCCAAACCAGUCGCGCUCGUUCCGCGUGCUGCAGCAGAUAACGGACACUCUGGACGAAUCGGAAGCCGAUAAAGGUGGCAAGGAUCAAUCCGCUGCCGGUGGAGAUCAGGCGGAUGGUGGCAAACAGCAGCAAUCCUUCGGUCGUCCUACCGGCCAAUCGGCCGGAGGACAGCAACAGGACUCGACCGAAGGGCAGCUGCGUCGAUUACAGCUCAGCAAUGAAGACAAGACACUGAUGAAUAGAGUUAAAAAUCAAGUCGACGGAGAAGUGUAUCUCCAUAACGAAGAAGAUCCACGCUAUCGCGGUGCCGCCAUACCGUCCAAAGCGUUCAGGUAUCUGCAGAACAUGACCGACAGUGGUCAGGCUGCGAACCAAGCCAACAACGGCUCUGGAAACCGUGCCCAGCAAAUGUUCAGCAACAGAGGAAACUACAAUGAAUCAGAUGCAGAUGUGCAGCAGUCGCAACAGUACGUGCCACCGAGCGAGCAGAAGGUGGAAGAACCAAAGAAGUACACCGGCGGUUCCAUCCCCAGCCGUUCGUUCAAGAUGCUGCAGGCAAUGACGGACGCCCCAGCCGAUCCAAAUUCCUCAGACACUGAGGGCACUAGUGUCAAGCUGCCUAACGGCAGUGGCACAGAUAUUCGAUACUCGCCUUAUCCCUAUCCUCCGCAGCCGUACUACUGCUGCCCUAACCCCAAUUGGCACUACUACGAUCCCUCCACUAACCCCCCGUACUAUCCCCCUCAUCAUCCGCCGCCUCAUCACGCGCAUAGUUUUUACUAUCCGCCAUUGCCCCCACCACCCCCGGGGCCGUACGAUCGGGGUGGUGGGUUUUACGGGGGCUACAUGUCCCCGCAUCACUUCUACUAUGCGCAGGAACCGUGCUCUCCGUGCACGCCUCCACCGUACUAUCAGCUGAGCCAGCCUCAGACCGCGUACUGCGAGGCACUCCCAGGUGACGCGAUCCACACGUACGUGAUCACUACGCCUCCAUCGCGGAUCGUCGUCACACCGACACCGGACGAUUCGUGCUCCGAUAGUGAGCUGCUGGCGAUCAAGGAGCAGCUCGGCGAGUUGCGUGAUGUACCGGGCGAGUUUGCCGGUGUAGAACCGAGCGGCUAUGAUGGACCUAUUCCACUGGCUCGCUCCCAAUCCAGCUUAAAACGGUUGUCCGAACGGCUGAGCUGCUUUAGCAAUGGCAGCAAUGGCGAGCUCGACGGUAAAACCGGCAGCGUGCGUUGUUCGCCUUGUAGUCCGCUGAAUGAGCGGUAUCGGACUUAUGAGGAGAGUACCUCCUCGGUGCCUUCGUCUCAGUCUGAGGCGUCAGACUCGGAGGACGAAGCUCCAGUGAAGUCCGCAGCAAGGACACCUGCGGUGAGCAAGCCUAAGGACACGGAGAUCGUGCCUAUCAAGAAUGGUACACGUGGCGCGGGCCAGGAUGAUGACGAAACCGAGGACGAUGAAGAAGAGGAGGAAGAAGAAGAAGAUGACGAUGAAGAAGAAGAAGAAGCAGCGAGUGAGGAUGAAGCAACGGUAGGGUACGGCCAAAAUGGUGCGCCAGCAGGUGACGAACACCUGCCACAUCAGCUCAGUGUGAUUUUCGAGGAAGAGAGCGUGUAUGGUCAAUCGACGGUGGCCAGCCGGCGGGCGAGUGUUUGUAGCAACAGUUCCACGUUGAGUGAUUGCUCCUCGACGUUGGCGAACGAUCUGGACGAUGACGGUGACGCCGAUGGGCAACCGAGCGGUAACCGCACGGACGAUGAUAUCGAUCGUCUGGAGGACAUGGAGAAGUCGCUCGUUUCGGUGCGACUCCCGUUGAAGCUGUCCUUCAGCAAAUCACCCAACAACGAGGACAUCGCAACGCUGGUCGUUGGAGAGAGUGAGAUCACUGGGUCCAAGGAGAAGCUGGUUGGUGCCAAACAACCUGCUCAGGCGCACGACAGUGACGAUAGUGGUGAUGAAAGUGACACGGAAGAGGAAGAAUCUGAAGAAAGCAGUGAAGAGAGCUCCGAGGAGGAAUCGGAAACGGAUGAGGGACUGGCGAAGUCCCCUGUGAAAACCGAGCCACCGGUCAAGGAUCAAAAUGAAGCGGACACGGAUGUAACAGUCACGAUCACGAUCCCUUCGUUUGGGGGGAAGACUAAAACGAACCAAGACCCUGUUCGGAGUUUGGGUCGUACGGACACUGAGAAACACGAGGAUCCUGUAAAGCCACCGUUCAAGAUCAACUACGAAGAGGCUUCCGAGGUGUCGGUGUCGGUUUCGCUGCCAUUAAAGCCCAAGGGUAGCUCUUCGAGCGAUAUCGCAAAGCAACCGGAACAGGAAGUGCAAACGAGUGCUCCUGUGGCUGGCCAAACGGAACAGGCUAAAGAGAAAGCCGAUGAUGAAGAAGAAGAGGUUGAUUUCUGGAGUCAAAUUGGCGAUGAAGACGACUAUCAGCGGCCAGUGCGCUCGUACUCACGGGAUAUGUGGAGCAGCCGCGAAUUUAGCGUCGAUCGGCAAAGCACCUGGAGCCAGGACGGGGAAGAUGACGGCACAACAGACUUCUGGAGUGCCGAAAAUGGCCCAACGGAGGCGUCCGAUUUGUGGGGCAUUCGUGUGAAUGAUGAAAAGAGCGCCAAAAAACUGGAAGAUGCGGGCAAGGAUUCGUUGGACUACUGGCAGCAGGAAAACGAGCGCUGUGUGAAGAGUCUGUAUGAGCGAAGAACGAGUGGUUUGGACGUGCAAGGACUGUCCGCGAAGGAUGAGAACAACAAUAAAUCGUGCGUGCCGCAGGACGACGGAAACACACCGAAAGCGAUGCACAACGAUCGCAAGACUGAGGAUCACAGCGAGGACGACGGUGAAGAGCAAUCCGAAUCGGAGAGUGAUGAUGAUAGCGACGAGUACGAGACGUCAAACACAUCGAAAGAGGAGUCAGAAGCAGAUCAAGAAGCUGGACAGGACGCUAUGACGGCUAAAUUGGAGUCGUCGACAAAGCUGAAGCAGCUAGCAACUUCAGUAUCUUCGAAUGGAACCGCCGAGAGGCAGGAUACCGACACGCAGCAGGGCGUCAAUGUGUCAGACAAAGCGGAGAGAGAUAAGAAGCUGUCGGUAAAGGAGCGAAUAUCGCUGUUCGAAACGCAAACCGUCGAGCAGCGCCCGGUGCUGGAGACCAUGGCAGGUGUUCGCGGUACGGUCACACCGACGAUGGGCAACCGAUUGCGACCACUCUCGAGACAGCGCCAUCUCUGCGAGGAGUCCGAGGCAGAAGACGACUCCGGCGUGACGUCGGACAUGAGCAAACACAUCUCAGAGGUGGAGACGGACUCCGAGUGCUUCCCGGAGAUGUGCAAGAUGACACGGUACCAACGUGCGGCCACACAUUCCAGAUUAUUUAAGCUUUUGCAGGACGAAAGUAACAACGGUGAUAGUGAGGAGGAGGAGGAUGCUAGUGAAGAUAACAGUAAUGAAAUGGAGAAGAAGACGAAGCUGGAGCACAGAAGAGCGCCGCAAGAAGUGGUCCUGCAUGAGGCACCUGCAAAGCCGUCAACAGCGACCACAGGUCAAGAUCCAACCGGUAUCGCCCCUACUGAUAGUAGACGCGAUCGCCUGACACUGCCCAUCAGCCAGCAGUCGUCCUCUGGUAAUGAUAGUCUGUCCUCGUCUACCUCGUCGGCGUCUCCUGUAUCAGGAACCCUUCAGAACGAAAAGCUCGCCGAAGAGCUAGUACAAAGUUUGUUGAUGAAGAAGAAGGGCCGAUUGUUCCGUAACUUGCCGCUUGAAAAGCUGCACGCCGCUGCUCUCAAGAUCCUGCAGGAAGACCUCGAAUCGAACGGUACGAUCAGUUCGACAGAGGAUAAUCUGGCGACGGUUGACUCGACGCCUGCUCUCACGCCGCAGGAGUUUAAGAACGAGUACCCCAACUCGUACGCCGAUUACUAUGACACCUGGUGCAGUGAUUCGCUGCUGCCGAAUGGAGCUAACGGCUUCCACUCUGAUACCGGUUCGGACUGCGGGAUGGUCAAAGGGUUCCGAAAUGUGCCUGAACACCAGCUGGCACUGCUGAAGAAGGACCUUCGCCCAGGUUCCGGAGCUGGCAACUGGUCACCACGUUGCCCGAGGGUGUUUAGCAACAAAAACGUGCCCCGUCUGAUGGGUGUUCGAGAAGCGGAUAUGGUAGAGCCUGCUCGAGCUUCUUCAAGGCCACCGUCACGGUCAUCUAACAACCGGUCACCCUUCACCGCCAUCACUUCGGCACCGGGAGCGAUGUUCGUUGGCAGUCCGAUGGAAGAUUGCCCCAACAACCGUACCACUGCCAACCGACAGUUCAAACUGCCAUAAACGCCGAACAAGCGCAACUAUCGCAGUAAGCUGGGUGCGCUCCAGAAACUGCUAAAUACUGCCCGCAUCACUGCCAGCAUAGCUACUGCCAGCAUCCCUCGAGACAUGGGGAGAUAAUCCGAGAUUGAAUCGAAACGCACUGAUUUAAAUCAAGCCCACUAGUUUGACCGUCUACCGUGUGCUGAUUAGUUCGCGCCUGAGGCCGAACGACGUAAAAGGACGCAUUUAGAAGCGGCCAUGUACGGUGUAUAUGUUACAUUUUCUUUUUUGUAUAUAUAGCACUAUUUAUUCACAUGAGAUUUUCGCCCGAAACGUGGCCCUGUCGGCGCGGUUGUGCCUGU